AUGCUGCCCACCACCGUCAGGGUUUUGAGCCCGCCAGUGUUUAGCCAAUAUGUGAGUAAUAUCAAAGAAGCUUCAGAUAACAUAGAGAAGGAUGUUGACGUCCCUUCAUUGAUCUCUGAGGUGGAAAAGAGGGAUCAUCAGGGAGACGGCGCAUCAUUAGGGAUUGAGCAUAGAGAUGAUGUUACCGGUAGUGAGUGCAGAAGAAAUGAUAUAAGCCAGGGGAUUAAUCUGCAGGGCAACAUCACCCAGGAGCUUUUUACAUCCGCAACGAUUAUCUAUCCUGGGUUUAAUGUUGCGGGUGGUAUUCGAAGUACAGAUGGCCAGGAGAUAGCUUCUUCUACGAUGGAACAAAACAUGAGAAUUUUCUUUUCAGAAAGCGAGGAAGACAUGACAGAAACGUUAGAAGUGUGUGACUCUAAAGUAUUCAUUUCACAUAUCGGUUCUACUCCUAGCGCAAACUCAAGUGUUAGUAGAACUGACAGUCGAAACGGUUCGUCGCUUAACAAUAUCCAAUUGCAUACAAAUAGGCUUUUUCCUCCAUCGCCACCUCAUCAAGCAGAAAAAACUCCAGCGAUACCAAUCGAAGAUUCCACCUUGCAAAACUCAGAUUGCUGCACCAGAAAGGAUAGCUUUCAAACUGGAGAACUCACAAACAAUGGACUUUUCAAAAGAAAUAAAAAUAAAAAAGCCUUCGUACCACUACAGUACUCAAUUCCUCCAAAUGAUUUAAUUCAGAGCAACGAAACUGCGCCGUGUUUUGCUUCACCAAGUUGUUUAGGCGGGCAAGAAGAAAAGUCGCAUGCAAAUAUCAAAGAGGUGUUUACAGCCACGUGUUCCAACCACCAUAGUUUUCAGAGUCUUGAAAAGGGCGGCAACGAAGUUUUAGGGGGUAUCGGUGAUGCCGCAGCCCGUUUUACCACUAUUCCUACUCCGUCACUGGGAGUUUUCAACGAAGAGGAGAAGCGUAGUACGGAAUCCAGUGUUCUUACUACGCCUACUAUUGGAACUAGCGCAGCCGAUUUUUUGAGCCGAGAUCGAGAUCUGAGCAAGGAAUCGGACAUGAGCGACACUCAUAUCGCUUUGGGUACGGUAAGGUUGGCGACAUGGAAAAAAGGUGAAGCUGCAGGCGCAACGCCGAUUGGCUCUACUGCUUUAGAUGACCAUACCGAUAAGAUAAUUCUUCCAAUUACUGAGCAGACAGGUCAAGCGAGCAUACACAAUAACGCUCUGCAGGAUUCCUGGAAGGAAUUCAAGGUAGUGCGCGCACAACAACCCCCAAUACCCCAACACAAAGGAAUGUACAAACAGUUAGAAUCAUCUGAAAGCGUAAAUAGCACCUUUAGCGAGGAUAGUGCUGAGGUAGCAUUAGACCUUACCUUAAAUAGUUUCACCGCUUCCCCCUUCCAAGGAGGUAGAGCUGAUGUUCGUUCCUCGUUGAGCCUCUCGAUGCGACCGUUGCCUCAACCUUCCUCAUUGCCUCCAAUGGGCUUCGGAAAGCCACCCUUGGUCAACGUUGAGGGAAUUUCAAAACCUCUGCACGUUGAGCCCAUGAAAGGAAUUUCAUCAUCAGGAUUCACAGUUGAUCAAGACGGUGAUGCUCAACUAUGUGUAGUAUCUAAAUCCACAUCCCUCUAUGCAUAUGACAACUCCCGAAGCCUGUUAUUCCCUUCCAACAUCUCAGUACAAGUUAUGGCAAAUGACCGCGCGAUGCCAAAAGAGGAAAUGCCGUUAUUGGGAUUUUCUAACAUGCAACCCAAUGAUUCGUCCCACGUUGACAUUUCUGAGGCGAAAACUAAAUCCAAGGAUGUAAAUUACACAGGAGAUUCCUUGUGUGAAAAGGACGUGCCGACCCGUCUAAAGACGUUUAGUGCCUCCCAUUUAAAUUCAUCAUCUAGAAACGAGGGCCAUGAGCUUGAAGCGUCUGAUGGGUUUUCAUGGCGUCGUGAUACCCCAUUGGAGGAUGAGAUUUCGAUUAAGAUUGAGGACUCUUUAGUGUGGUCUGAGAAUCUCGCCACGAUGGUUCUUCUUGACGUGACCCCUCUUUCUUUAGUUUAUCAGGGACACCUCAUGCGUGAGGCUUUAGGCGAUGGGGACACAAACUCUUCGUCAGGCUCGACCUCUCAGACCGAGACUGUACUCAUGGUAUUGAGUGUGUAUGAACUCAUGGAUGCACACUGUCAAGGGUUAUCCCAUUCAUUUAUCCAACAACGCGCUCUGCAGCUUGCGCGGAAAAUUCUCAAAACACAAAGAAGACUACAAGAGGUUAGAUUAGCUGGUGCUUUGGAUCCAUCGAGAUUACUAAACAUUGGGAGUGAUGGUUGCGAUGAUGAGCAGCGAAGCUCGGAGUCUGUUUUCGACAGAGAGUUCAACCCUCCCGUGGUCUGUCGCGGUAUUAUUAAUCUUCACGUUGACUCUUCAAACCGCAUCAUUGCCGAGCUGGAUGUUGAGCCGUGUGGGAUUAGCCUCAGUGAUAUCAUCGCCUUCCAGAAGGCUCUGUUGUUGCGAGGGGAGCUCAUCACGCUGCUGCGGACAGUGUUAACAUGCCUGUCGCGAUUACACAAAUCAGGUUUCACCCAUGGAGCCCUCCAUGGUGGCAACAUCACCUUUUCCACAGAUGAUGGCCACUGCACGCUAACCCAGCCCGCAGGGUUAAUGAAUACUAAAAUCUACCCCGAUGAUUUGUCGAUUCUUCCACCCACCAAGGCUUCUUUUUUAGCGCAGCGAUUGAAACGUGCAGCGACGACCGCACCACAGCUUGGUUCAUCGACCAAUUCUUUUCUGUCAGGACUGGGCGACGAGCUGGAGUUGUGCAUUCUGGAGCUGGAGGAGAACGCCCCUUCGUAUUCCCUCCAACCCACAGAUGAUCUGUACGCCAUUGGCACCCUCGCAUUGUUUGUUAUCACGGGCAUUCCUGUAUUCUACGGGAGAACUUACCGAGAGGUGGUCGAAACGCUGGCCGAGCUCCGUGCUUUCGCGGCUCGUGUUGAGAUAGGCGCCAGUGCAUCCGAUGUGAAUAAUGGUGGUGCCAAUAACAGAGAAAGUGUGCGACAGGCAUUGCGUAGGCGUAUUUUUGGCUCGUGCUUUACGCAGAAUUUUUAUGUUACCCUGCGUUGUCAAGAGGCGGAUUACACUGAAGACUUUUUGAAAGAUCUUUUUGAAUUUAUCUUUGAUUCAAUGGCCGCUAGCUUUGGUGUGCUGGACAAUGAAGUGCAAUACCACAACGCGGAGGACCUUUUAAACCAUAGUUUUUUUGAAAAAUAUCCACUUGAUGAACAAGGGGGAGAAGCCGGUGUGGUUGGGAAGGACGAGGUAAUGCAAGUCAUGCAGGACAUGUUACACCGGGUUACAUAUCCCGUUUACACAACUAUCACACAAAAUAAAUUGUUGUGCGAUACAAAACCCUAUAUCGCACGCAUGCAUCGACAUUCUGUAUUCUCCUCACGUUGGACCGCACUCAAAAAGAGCUUUGCGGACUUUUGUGGGGAUCACUUCUGGAGCCCUGGAAAUGAGGCGCGGAGUAGCGAUAAUGGGUGUCUUGUUAGGACUACCGUAGACAGCAUGGGUGCCCUGUGGCCAAUCUUGGGGCGAAGAUCGGCGGGCCAGUGGACUGUGUCUGUGCCUUGGACGUGGAGCCUUCCUUUGUUGUCCGAGAAUGGUGCGUGCAGCAUCGUCGGCACCGAUCAUUAUGAUUCAUUUAAUUAUCAAAUACUACAUUCAUCUUUCAUCUCCCCGGAGAAUGAUAGUAAAGCCAAAGUUAAUUUAACUCAUGAGUCUGUAGGAGGAGAGUUCUACCUUUCUUCGAGUUGGAGCCGUCUGUGUAUCCCAUCGUCUCAGUUAAGCAAUCCCUAUGUCCAGGACCCAAGUUUACAUCAACGGAUUUCACAAAACUAUGUGACUGAUCGGAUCUUUCAAAAGGAAAAGGCGAAGCUGGAGGAUCAGGCGGGUUGCAAGGUGUUGUCACACUUCUCAAUUAUACUCUUCGAAUCUAAACAGAACACGUUGUUGACGCUCAAUCGAGGGCAAAUGGAUUACUUUUCAAAUACCAUUGACACUGUGGUGCUUCAGGAUCUUGAAGGCUGUCGAAUCGUACUGCUUGUGCCGUUUAGGUUUGUGGUGCUCGUUAACGUGAAGCAGUGUGAAGUCUAUCUGGCUCCCUGCUUUAUCUGUUAUAUGCAUCAGGUGACAAACUGCACACCUAUAGCAGUGGCUUGUAUGUAUCUUCUGUUGGGCCAUGUCACCGAUGUGGCACUGCACUGCACGGCCUCCGCCCUUAUUUCCGGAGAUGAGUCUAACGGGGGAGGAAAAGUAAUGCAUGGUUUCAAUUUAGAUGCCACACUCAAGAAUGUUGAUUGUGAACCUUACUCAUUGGUUUACCCUGGGCUUUCUGAAGACUUUUCACUUGUGGGACUUGUGCAGGAAUGUUCGGCUUAUGCGCAUUCCAUCGGCGAGGGUAUUGCACCUAUAGGCACAACACAGAUUCCAGAACAUAUACCACCCAGAGAAAGAAAGUCCAUCCGUGGCUUUAAUUUUAUAAGUGCAGGUCCUCGCACCGAUGACAUCCCAUACUCUCAUGCUUCGGCAGCUUUUGGAAAGCGAUUUAAGCACUGCGACGAUAAUGAAAGUGAUGUGUACUUCUUUUUUAAUGAAUUACACGGGAAGGAUGUACAUAUAGUGAAUGUGCAUGGUGAAUCAAAGCCACAAACAUUGAGUCCCCGUGAUGAAUUGGAUAAUGACGUGGACACCGACAAACCCAGAACAGCGUUAAUAAACAGCGAAGAGAUUACAUUAGGUAUGAUGCCCCAAAGGACACGGGUAAGUUCUGAUCCAUUUCAGCUCUUGGGAUACCGUGGGAUGCUACAACGUGGUUGGAGGAGUGUACAUAAAGCAAAUUCUGCAGAGCCAAACAGCCUUUCUCGCGCACCACAUUGUCCCGUUUUUUUUGUUCUCGACAUGGUCGACGACGUGGAGAUUCGCAACUGUAGUCACUGCACCGUUUUCUUGGUUGGUUCCACGGGCAGUAUGAUAAUAGAAAACUGUCACAAUAUGCGCAUUUUUUUUGUUGCCAGAGAGUGUGCAAUUGAGGCCUGUACGAAUUUGGAACUUUUUGCAUUGACCACCGAGUAUAUCGCGUUGGAGUGUUGCCACGAUGUGAUUGUAUCUCCUUUAUUCUUAAAAUGUCCGUACUUCGACAGAAUCUUAGAAGGUAUUAUUCAGGAAACCUCCGAGGAAUCUCACGAGUAUGUUUUGGAGGCUUAUAAUCAGCGGAACAUUUAUGCUCUAAACAAAGUCUUUCAAGUCGAUGGACAGGAUGUCUGCCUCAGUGCAUGUAAAAGGGUGGAAAUUCGAGAUUUGGCAUGGUGCGAGGCGCAUUCUGAUGAACCUUUGAUCCUACUUUCUGUCUCGGUGCCGGUGCCUGAAGCGCUGGGGGUUGACAUUGAUUCUAUCUAUGGUGAAGGAGGCACAUCAACAUGCAAGACAUUGAAUGGGGGAAGGAGUAAGGAUAAAUUGAUGUCAGCAGCCAAGUUAUCAUCGUGCAACUUUUUCAGAGAGUGCUGCGAGGCAGCAGAGGAGGAUAUCGACUCAAUCUUUCUACGAUUACCUUUCAACCAUAUGCUCUAUAGAUGUGUAUCUCCUCACAUGACUAUAGAUGAAGAAGAGUGUGAGACUUCAAAUCUUGUACAAGCUAUUCGCAUACACGACCUAUUCAACCCGUCACUGCUGCGUUUGCCUGGAUCUCUUUGUAUUCGGUCAGACUAUUUGGUACAGUCUGAAGACGAGUUAACAGGGUAUGAAAAUUCGCAUUACAAUCAACAACUGCUAUUUAAACGACAUUAUAGUAGUUUAUCGGACAAAUCCUCCCCAAACGUGGGAUUUACACCCGAUCUUAUUCUCGAAACUAUUGCUAUGGGGGAGGUGCAUCUUCUUGAGACAAUAGGGAAUCUUUACAUUCGUAAUUGCACGGGCCCCUUGAACAUUCUCGUGUGCGGCGCCAAGUACGUGUUGAUGGAAGGCUGCGUCAAUGUUACCCUUCGUGCGGCCUGCAUUGCUUUUGAUGCCCAGGACUCGCACUAUUGCCACGUGGCUCUACAUGUAAACACUCCGCCUGGUUAUUUACGGUGUUCCCACAUGCUCACUUCGACCUUAAAUAUAAUGGCACCGAGGUUGGAGGAGUUGAUGGGCUGUGUAGGAGUGAAGGCGAAUGUGAACAUCUUCGACCGCCCACUUAUUCACCCCGCUACUAUGCGACACGUUACCGAUGGGUUUGCUGAGGCUGAUAGGAAGGGGCGGUUGGAAGUGUCUUCCAGCAACACAGAAUUGAAGGACUAUGACUGGAACGGGUCUCAAUCUGAAAUCGUGCGAAGAACCUUUUGGAUAGAAAAAGGGAGGCGUGUGGAAAGCCUUGCACAAGCUUUUUCGUAUUUGCGGCGACCCAUAGCAAUCGUUCCUCCUCUCCCUGAGCUGCGUAUUAAACUAGAAGGAAUAAAACUAUGUUCUGCGAUGUCGCUGAAUACACAUCUCAUGAAUGAGGAAGAGACAGCCCAGACACUGGAGGAAACAUUGAGGAUGGCGUUUGAUUUUAUUGCGAAAAGCGAUCUUGUUACUUUCCAUAUGUUGGAAGAGGAUGCCCAUAGACAUAGACAAGAGGUGAAUAUAGAUCAAAAAAAAGACAUCUUAGUGCAGGAGGCGCACACCUCUACAAACACGCAUAUCGUGGCACCAAAAACACCAACAGCACUUCCAGAUAUUAAAGAAGACAAAAUGCAGGAGGUCGAGCAAACUUCUCCUACAUUGGUUGAAUCUACAUUAUGGUCUAAUGUGAAGGCUGCCUAUUUGUGUCUAACCGAGGACGUUCAGAAACAUCUCCCAGGACCCCCCCUAGCUGAUGACGCAUUACUCAGAUCACACACUCUGUAUCAGGAAAACUCGUACACGGAGGUGGCUGUCACUACGAUUGAAAAUCCUGUGACACUUGACCCCCUGUACACCCUAGCUUCAGGUGCGGCGGAUCGGAUUCUGAAAAGUGAUAUCCAUGAGGCUACUCCGACAGGUCGAGCUACCACAGGGGUUUGCACCACCUUACCGGUGGGUGAUGGGCAACAGGAUUCGUUUUAUGCGCACAUUGACGUCCUUUAUGAUCAUAAUAGCAGCGCACUGGAGUCUAGAUUGAGAGAGAUCCCUUUUCAAUCCGCAGUCGCGACGGUGCAGACUUCAAAGCAUGAAGCUCUUCAUGAAGAACCAGGAAAAAGUCCGGUGGAACCUGGUAAGCUUGAGGACGACAAUGCCCAACGGUUACUAGGCUCAGAAGGAUAUGAUAGUCAAGAUGUGGAUUCUAAUUCCUUGCGAUUGGAGUUAGAGAAUGCGAGACGAGAAUAUUGGAGAUGGAAGGAGGGGAAUUCCAAUGGAGCUAUUUUGGCGACUCGUGUUGUUGCUGCCAUCCAAAAGCUAAACGAAUUAUGA